AUAUAGUCACAGAGAAGGCAGCAUGGAGACGAGCUGUCAGUCUAGCAGUCAGAAAGCGCUUUGGAAAGAUGUUGAAGUAGGAAAGGAGAAGAUGAGCCGAUACCUCAGAUACCAGCUGGGGGCUCUAACACUGGGCCUUGUCCUUGUGUCACUGAGCAUUUGCGUCUUCAGCCUGAAAUACGUCUGGUCCUCAAGCCCUGGGAAGGUGUACAGUCAUGAGUACAAGGUGGCCUUGGAUGGUGUGGAGACGGACAGCGUGAUGGAGAUUGACCCCGCCCACGGCACAGAGGUCUUCAGGAUGGGCAACAGCAGCGAUGAGGUUAUAGAGGUCCACGACUUUAAAAAUGGAAUAACAGGAAUCCGGUUUAUGAAACAUCAGAGGUGCUACAUCAGAACCCAAACAAAGGAGCUUCCUGAACCAUCAGAGGUGGAGGCUGAGGAUUCUGCGAUAUUGGUGGACGACACACUGGACCCUCAGGUGGAUGACCCUCAGGUGUGGAUACCUGCUGAGGAGCCUGUUAAGAACCGCACCUUCCUGCUGACGUCCAAGAUCUGGGACAUCUGCCGGCACCUGCCCAUACACUGGAUCCAUCCAUUGUCCAUGACAGAUGUUGAGUUCCAUGACACAGAGGAGACAGAAGAGGACCAGGAGUCUAUCAACGAGGAGAUCAGAGCUCACCGUCAGACCAGGGAUGUUCUGGACCAGCAGCCAGUCAAUGACUAUAGAGACGCCGGGCUUGAGCUUGACAACCAGCUGGAUGAGGGAGGAUACUGCUGCCAGCACUGUCGCCGUGGAUACCGUCACUGCCAACGAUACCACGAGCCCCUGCGCGGCUAUUGGCCAUAUCCGUACUACUACCAGGGAGGCCGGGUGAUCUGUCAAAUCAUCAUGCCCUGCAACUGGUGGAUCUCUCGCAUGCUGGGAAGGAUCUGAGGGGGCAUCAUCAUGCUGUUCGGCUGCUGUUCAAUACGGUACCACUCUUGACAUCUCCAGACCUCAGUAAUAGCUCAGUUUGCUCGUUCUUGUGUGUUUUUGCAGUCCUCUUAAUUCCUUGCCUCACCUUUUGCUAACCGCCCAUUAAAAGAGCUGUUCUGGUUCUGUGCUCUCAAUAAGAAAAAUGGAACAAAUGAUGUAAAACAAAAUAUAUUCCAGAGCCCUGAUACUGUAUAUAAACAGGCAACCUGAACCAAAGGAAA